GUGUGCGGUUGUGGCGUUUGCUUUGUUUCUCUAAUAUAAUAUCAAUAAAUAAUCCCUUAUUAAAUGUGAGUGCUAAUAAACCACCUUAAAUCAAUUGUGCUUAUAAAACAAUUACGGUCUACCUAAGACCGCUCGCCAAAAUGGAACACUUUGUUGACAUUAACCAAGUUUUGAGAGACAGCACUUGUGAAAAUUUAGAACAAGUAUUAAAACUUUACUCCGACAAUUGUGUCUCCCACGAUAAUAAGACUGUUGUAUCACAUAUUACAAAUUUAUUAGGAACUAAAAAGACUGUGAAUGAAGGGCUUGUGUAUUUAGCUAUAUUGUUGCCGAGGGGUUCCACAGAAAUUAUUCAUGAAAAUGCGUCUCUUAUUACAAUUAUGAGCACUUUGCCCGACUUUUUGAAGUCAGUCUCAAACAACAGCAUUGGAAAAUUAAUGGAAUGCAUUAUGAAAGACCCAACUUUGCUGACAUCUUUGUAUUGUUUGGAAGUUUGCCUAAAAUAUCUUCCUGGAACGUGCGGUAAUUCUAAAACUAAUUUAGAAAAAUACUUGCUGAAUUUUUUACAAGAUCAGAACAAAAAUAAAGUGAUCCUCGCUGCCAAGUGUAUGCAUUUGCUACAACAGACUGGGGGAGGUGGAUCCAAAGGCGUCAAUCACAAAACUAAUUGGGAAAGACAAUUUCGAAUGACCAUUAAUUCUUUGCAUUCUUUAAUGGAUGUGUUGUAUGCAAAUGUUAUGGAAACUGUGGCUAGAUCGAAUGAUGAAUUAUGUCUGUCGAUGCCGCCUUUUAGUAUGCCUGAUGAUCCUGCUCAUCAGGUUUUGGAGGUUUCGAAGAGGUUUAAUAAUCUGUGCUAUUUUCUGCAAGUGAUGUUGACGUAA